AUGGAUUCCGACGCCGGCUCCACCUCCAGCCGCUCCUCCUCCCCGGACCUGGUGGACAGGGGCCUCUUCUCCGCCCACGUGCUCCAGGCGUUCUGCCAGGAGCAGAGGGGGGGCACCCGCGGGCCCCUGCAGCCCGGGGAGGAGCGCGCCCUCGGGGGCAAGGCCAAGGCCCGCAAGGAGUCGUCCAAGGAAGAGCUGCAGGACCAGCGGCUGAAGGUGAACAGCCGCGAGAGGAAGAGGAUGCACGACCUGAACCAGGCCAUGGACGGGCUGCGGGAGGUCAUGCCCUACGCCCAGGGCCCGUCCGUCCGCAAGCUCUCCAAGAUCUCCACCCUGCUGCUGGCCCGCAACUACAUCCUCAUGCUGUCCAGCUCGCUGGAGGAGAUGAAGAAGCUGGUGGGGGACGUGUACGGGGGCAGCCACCAGACCCGCGUGGCCUGCUUCGCCCCCACCCCCGCCGUCGCCGCAGCCCCUGGCCCACCCCAGCUGCCCCUCUACCCCCUGGCCCAGUCCCUGCACUCCCUCACGGGGGUGCCCGCCACACUCCAGCACUCCUCCUCUGUAUCCUCCGCCUCCCCCGCCUACUCCUCUCCCUCUGCCACCUACCUGGGCCUUCGCACCACGCAUGAGAGUCCCCUGAAGGACACGCCGCAUCUCCCCAGCCACUACAGACACUUCCCAGGAAUGCCUUGCCCCUGCUCCCUGUGCCAGCCUCUCCCCCCAUCCCUGCCCAAACUGCCCGUGCUGCCCACGGGUAAGUGA